AUGUGCCGCCGAGAAUGGACGGUCGUCUACUGGAUGUGCAACGACGUCAUGGACCGGAGCUUUGUGCUGGUCCCCGACGACGGGUGCGGCGGGUGCGGCGAGGUCACGGCGCCAUCCCUCUACCCUCUGCGCCGCAUGGUGCUCGGGGCUUGCCCGGACUGCGUCGCGGAGGAGCUCUGGGUCACGCUGGACGACCUCUGGAUGCCGAGGGAGCUCGCCCUCGAGCGCGGGUGGAAGCCAUCGGCGGCGGCGCCGUCAUCCUCGUGA